GAAGGGGAGGGGCUGACCAAGAGGAUAUAAGAAGGGAACCGUUCAUUCCUACAGCUCCACAACUCAGCUUUGACUUCUUCGACCGGUCGUUACCUUCUCGAUUGGUCCGACGGACACCGAUCCGUAACCAUAACUCAUCAAGAUGCUCCGUUUUUUCCUCCUCAUCGCGAGCAUCGUCGCGGCGGCUCAGGGUUUCAGCACCGGAGCUCCGCCUGCCGUCUGCGAAGACAUGACGCCAAAACAUCACGUGGAUCCUCAGGCAGGACCGUCGCCGUUCAAAAUUUCGAUAGACAAGAGCACUAUAAGUCCAGGAGAUAAGGUCGAGAUCACUCUUGAAGCACUCGAUGAUGCGACAUUCAAGGGAUUUUUGGUCGAGGGUCGACAAGGUAAAGAUAUCAUUGGAUCAUUCUCUGUCGAUCCCAACGACAAGGAAGCCCAGACGAUCGAUUGCCCCAAAGGAGAGAAGAAUGCUGUCACCCACAAAGACUCCGAAGAAAAAUCGAAAAAGAUCUUGACUUGGGAGGCUCCAGCUGAUUUCAGCGGAAUCGUCGUAUUCAAGGCGACCUUCGUCAAGGAUGGUGGAACCUUCUGGGUUGGACAGACCUCGUCGAAUCUUCGCGUCGUUAAACACUAAGCAUGAAAAAAUGAAUUCUUGACGAAUCAUACAGGGUGCAGGGUGCAAUGGAUCUUCUUUUUUCUUCACAGAUCUUAGAAUCGAGGAUUUUUAUUAAAUCUACGGCUCACCGAUAGAGUUUGCCCCGUUGUAUAAAUUUUUUUUUUUUUUUUAAUUUCAUUCUUUUCUUCUUCUUUUUCUUAAAAUAACAAAAUCCUGUCCGUGCUCGAAAAUUCGUUGCCAUUCUUUGAUUGGAAUUGUUUUCAUCGAUCACGAAUCCGUAUUUUAGCCAGAUAGUUUUCGCACAGCGUACACUUUUCGACAAUGAUUGUCAUAUUGUAUUUUUUUGGACCUAGAAGAAGAAUUUCAUCAAUUCUUGUCAAUUUAUAUACGAGAUAUUCCUUUUUGAAAGAAAAACACUCAACGUAUAGUGAAUUUUGACAGAGGUUUUACGAGUAGCAUGUGCGAAUUCCAGUGGCUUCGAGACACACGAAAUAACCGCAGAAUAUUUGAUUACGUUUUAUAUAGAUUAUACGUUUAUUGAUCAAAAAUGAAAAUAUUUUGUAAUAAUUACCUAUAUAUAUAUAUAUAUACACAUAUAUAUAUGAUUAUUACGAACCACACGAAGCUAGUCAGUCGUUGUAUAAUUACGAUGGCGAAGAUACGUGUGUGUCGUAUAUUUUCAUUUUUAAAUUGGAAUAAAAUAUAUGCAUGCACCGGA